AUGGCUUCCGCAUCUCCCACCCAGUCCAAUCGAUCUACAUCGGUCAGAAAGUCCAAGCGCCAGAAACAAGGCCGUCGAAAAUCAAGCCUUAUGAAAAAAGCGGCCGAAUACAGCAAGAUGUGCGAUGCUGAUGUCUGUGUGGGCAUACGCCUUCGGGAAACCGGCCAAGUAUUUAUCUUAUCAGCAGAUGCUUCGGGAUUUUGGGCUUUCCUUGGCUCGCAACUAAACUCCUACUAUCCAGCCCCAAGACUAGUAACCGAGCAGGAUCUGGAGCUAGUUGAUAAAGAUACACCGGAGCAACGUACAUGA